UGCGGGCUCCUCUCUGGCUAGGCCCCAGUCGCCGCGUUGCCGGGCAGAGCUGGACGCCUCCUGCUCUUGGGUCCCCGCCCUCCCUUGGUCCGGCCUUGGUCUUUUGCGGGCAGCCCUCGGCAGCCAUGGGCUGGGAGAUGGAGCCGCUGCUCCUGGCCUGGAGCUAUUUUAGGCGCAGGAAGUUCCAGCUCUGCGUGGAUCUGUGCACGCAGAUGCUGGAGAAGUCCCCUUAUGACCAGGCAGUUUGGAUUUUAAAAGCACGAGCACUAACUGAAAUGGUGUAUGUAGAUGAAAUUGAUGUAGAUCAGGAAGGAAUUGCAGAAAUGAUGCUGGAUGAAAAUGCUAUUGCCCAAGUUCCACGUCCUGGAACAUCUUUGAAACUCCCUGGAACCAAUCAGACAGGAGGGCCUAGUCCAGCUGUCAGGCCAAUCACUCAAGCUGGAAGACCCAUUACAGGUUUCCUUAGACCCAGCACACAAAGCGGAAGGCCAGGCACUAUGGAACAGGCCAUUAGAGCGCCCAGAACCGCCUACACAGCUCGCCCUAUUACCAGCUCAUCUGGGAGAUAUGUCAGGCUGGGAACGGCUUCCAUGCUUACAAAUCCUGAUGGACCUUUUAUCAAUUUAUCUAGACUGAAUUUAACAAAAUAUGCCCAGAAACCUAAAUUGGCAAAGGCUUUGUUUGAGUAUAUCUUUCAUCAUGAAAAUGAUGUCAAAACUGCUUUGGACUUGGCUGCCCUUUCUACAGAGCAUUCUCAGUACAAGGACUGGUGGUGGAAAGUGCAGAUUGGAAAAUGUUACUACAGGUUAAGAAUGUAUCGUGAAGCAGAAAAGCAGUUUAAAUCAGCCCUGAAGCAGCAGGAAAUGGUAGAUACAUUUCUCUACUUGGCAAAAGUUUACAUCUCAUUGGAUCAACCUGUGACUGCUUUAAAUCUUUUCAAACAAGGCUUAGAUAAGUUUCCAGGAGAAGUAACCCUACUUUGUGGAAUUGCCAGGAUCUAUGAGGAAAUGAACAAUAUUUCAUCAGCAGCCAAAUACUACAAAGAAGUUUUGAAACAGGACAAUACUCACAUAGAAGCCAUUGCAUGCAUUGGAAGUAACCACUUUUAUUCUGAUCAACCAGAAAUAGCUCUCCGGUUUUACAGGCGUCUCCUGCAGAUGGGUGUUUACAACUGCCAGCUUUUUAACAAUCUGGGGCUCUGUUGCUUCUAUGCCCAGCAGUAUGACAUGACUCUGACCUCAUUUGAACGUGCCCUUUCUCUGGCUGAAAACGAGGAAGAGGCAGCUGAUGUCUGGUACAACUUGGGACAUGUAGCUGUGGGAAUAGGAGAUAUGAAUUUGGCCCUUCAGUGCUUCAUUCUGGCCCUGGUCAACAACAACAACCACGCCGAGGCCUACAACAACCUGGCCGUGCUGGAGAUGCGGAAGGGCCACGUGGAGCAGGCAAGAGCACUGUUACAAACUGCGUCAUCUUUAGCACCCCAUAUGUACGAGCCUCAUUUUAAUUUUGCAACAGUCUCUGAUAAGAUUGGAGAUCUACAGAGAAGUUACGUUGCUGCUCAGAAGUCUGCAGCAGCAUUUCCAGACCAUGUGGACACCCAGCUUUUAAUUAAACAGUUGAAGCAGCACUUUGCUAUGCUCUGACUGCUCCUUAGACUAAAUAUAUUCUUAUAAUGGGCCAUUUAUAGAUGGGAAAAAGUAGUGUGUUUAUGUAUACGCGUAUGUAGCACAAACCUGCCCUUGAUAUUAAUGAAGAUGACAUAAGGGAGUUUAAACAAGAAUGUGUUAUGAAAACUUUAUGCUACAAAAGACAGGAUUUCAGCCUUCGUAAGUAGAUCAUGAAGGCUUCUCCCACGUUAUAUGGUAGAUGUUUGUUAAUAAGGUGAUAAAACAUUUUCAUGAAUUUCCUCAAAUUUUUUAUAGAUGCACAUUUUUAAUGCCCUUAAGCUUGCCAUUAGCUAUCAUUAAGAGAUCUGAAAUCUGCCUUUAAAAUUGCACUUUUAUGGCUAAAAAUGUGUAUAUUUAUCCUGAUUAUAAACUUUAUUUGAAACUUAAAAAUUGUAUUUAAAACUAUAUGUCAAAUGCUUUGGGAGACGCUAUACAUUUUCGUAUGUAUUUUGCUUUAAAGUAAAUCAAUGUGUAAAACACAAUUCUGUUAUUUUUCAUGAAUUUUUAUUUCAGGCACCUCAGAUAAAACAAGUACAGUAAUCUUAGAAAUCAAGUCAUUAUUUUAAUUUCAUUUGAAAUGAUAUGCCACCAAUUUGGAUUUUUUUCUGAGGAGCUAUUUAUGUGAUACCACAUUGUUAAUAUAAGAAUAACAGAUUUAGAAAUGGAGUCACAGGCCAGGAGUCCCACCUAUCAUCAGCCCUGAGAAGGUCGGGCUAGAUUCCCAAUAUUAUAAAAUCCUGGAAAGGCUCUUCCAUAUUUAGAGGAACUCUCAUUAAAGUGUUCAUACAAGGAAAUGUGUUAAAGACACAAGGCCACUCAAAUUCCUAUUUUGGACUUUGGGGUCUGUCCAUGUUAUCUUUCAUUUUUUAACUUCAUGAAAACUAUUUUAUAGAUACUUAUUUGUUUCUGUUCAGAUUUGUAUAAAGAGUACUACUUAGCUGACAGAAGAAAAGAAAGUGAGUUUCAGUCAGUAUAGGUUGUUAAAGGCUGGAAGUAAUACAUAGAUGGCACAGAUGACGAAGGCAGGGCUGAGAGUUGUGCUGCUGGUUGGUGGUACAGUCACGGCUAGAACCCAAGAUGUUGUUCAUGAGCUUUAGGCUUUAACCCUUCCUGGUUCUCCAAGGUUUGCUAGUGUUUGUUCAGCUCACAAAAAUUUCCUCCACACCAUCAACUUUCCUAAUUUUAUAAUGUGAGUCAUUUUCUUCAUUUAAAAUAAAAACUAGUAGCCGUGGCCAGCAUUUACUGAGGCUGUUGUACACACCCAGCGCUGUUAUACGCACUCGAUGUGGCUAACUCCUCUCAUUCCCACUGCAGUCCUCUGAGGUGCUAUUAUUCCCAUUUUACUUAUGAGAAAAAUGAGGCACAGAGAAGUCAAGUAACUUGCCCAAUGUUAUAAAGGUGGCAGAGCUGGGAUUUAAACACAGGCAGUGUGGCUCCGACUAUGUUAAAUCACCUCUCAGUGUUUCUUCUGUAAAUAAAGGUACUAUCAUUUAAAACAAAUGUUAUAUGCAUUAGUAAAAGUGAGUGAUAAGGGAAUAUUAACGCAACAAAAAAAAAAAUAAAUGAGCCAGUAUUACUAAGGUGAUAUGGAGAGAUUUUUGUCUUGAAUUUAUGUUCAUUCAAUGUGAACACCAAUGCAAAGAGUGAGUCAGGAUGGCUAAAGGCAGAACGAUGACAUAACUCUGUGCGUCAGGAGUUACAUACAUCUUUGUAACAAAGUUAUUUCUGCACUGCAUGACUUCUGGCUUCUGUGCCAACAUUUCUAUAGGAAGGUUACCAAUUGUCUUCUACCGGCUAAAAAGGUAUCCAAUCCAUAUACAAAUUGUUCAGCCAAAAUUAACACCAUUGAGCUUCCAGCUGAUGAAAAUGAGAUAUGGCAAGAAAGCUGCCCGAACUGAAUAACUGCUGAGGUUAGAAGUUCUUCCUUCCCAAGUGGGUCACAUCUGAACUAGUCCCCUAUGGUACUAAUUGUUCUGUUACAUUUCUGAACUGUAUUUCCCAGGAUCAGAGCACCCAUCAGGAUGUAAGUUAUGACCUAAAGAUAGAAAAAUUAAUAAAGAUAAUACAUCACUACCCUUUUAAUGUAGUUUCCACCACCAACUUUUUAUUAGUAUGAGGGAUUUCCGUCAAAAGCUUUCAACUGGGACUGAGUUUAAGCAGUCAGAAAAAAAAGAUUUUAAAAUAUGGUGGUAGGACUCAACCUUGGAAAAUAAUGAACCCAGAAAUUGAGUCUGGGUAAAAAGCCUUUACUGGAUUGUUUUAAAUUCUCAGGAAUAGGUAAAUUGGAAUGAUCCAUGGAUAUGUUCCAGAGUUUCAAAAUGGUUAUCCAGGCUCAAAUAUUAGGGGAAAAAUAAUAUUUAGUAAUUUGAAAAUAACUGCAGUUUUAUAUCCUUCCAUAUAGAUGGCAUUAGUCCUAUUUUUGGCGAAACAAAAACUUAACAUUUUUGAGAGAUGCUGUCAUUUUACUUCCUUGAUAUCAAAGCCAAAUUCUUGAGAUUAAAGAAUAAAGAUUAAACAAAGAUUAAUUUAUAAUCCUUGGAGACUAAUAUUUCUUUCAAUGUGAUCCUUUCCCUUACUGAAUCCUGACUAAUAAAGAGUAAUUGGUAGGUAAAAUGUAAAGGAUAAAAACCCUUGGAGAAAGCAACCAUGUUAUUUGAGGGAAGAAAAGGCCAGACUUAGAUAGAUUUUAGGAAGAAAGAAUUUUCCCCCCUAUUUAAAUCAGAGAAAAGACCCCUGUACAGUGUUUGAAACUCAAGUUUCUAUGGGCCCCAUCACCUCACCACUGUCACUGCCCCCUGCCCCGCACCUGCUCGGAUCUAACAGCUUCCAUUUCUUUCUCUCCUAGGGCCGCUCAGGCGCGCUCUCUCUCUCUCUCUCUCUCUCUCUC